AUGAGCUCUCGACUUGUUUCAAGUGAUGCAACUACCAAGGUCGAUGCUCCUUUUCGCGAAGCUGUUGGUGCGUUGAUGCACCUGACCACUGCAACGCGUCCGGACAUUGCGUUUGCUGUGGGCUAUGUAUCGCGGUUCAUGGAAAAUCCCCAAGAAGAACACUGGGUUGCAGUUAAGCGUAUCUUUCGCUACCUACAAGGCACCAAGACGCAUGGAAUUUGCUACAAGCCAAGUGCAAGGAUCGACUUCCGUGGAUAUUCGGAUGCGGAUUGGGCUGGUGAUCUUACCGACCGCAAGUCAACAUCGGGGUACACGUUCAUGCUACUCGGUGCGCCAGUCAGUUGGGGCAGCAAGAAGCAGCCAAGUGUUUCGUUGUCCACGAGUGAAGCUGAAUACAUCGCACUCAGCUUGGCGAUUCAAGAGGGCAAGUGGAUUCAUCGUCUGCUUUGUGAGAUCGUGAUGGCUGCCAAUGAAGAAGGACCGGAACUCAUGAUUCAUGAAGACAAUCAGUCAUGCAUCAAGAUGACGAAGAACCCGGUCAACCACGGCCGUGCCAAGCACAUUGAUAUCAAGUACCAUCACAUCCGUGAUGAGGUCAAGCGCGGUGAAGUGAAGCUCAAGUACUGUGAAACUGCGGUGAUGUUAGCGGACAUCAUGACGAAGGGACUUCAUGGACCACGCCACAAGGAGAUGACGACGGCUCUCGGGAUUCGUGAGCAUUCGGAUUGA